CGUAAGUAAAAACUCGGAUACAUUUGAAAAUCUAUUUUCAAAUCCCUGAAUAAAACCGGACUCCGCACGAUGCCCGGCUGACCCAAGGAUUGAACCCAGGAUAUUUCUGUUCUGCAGCAGCCACAUUACCGCUUCAUUAUUCUAUUACAGUUUCAUCUAUGUUAAUUUCAUACCAUAGCUAUAGUUCCUAUCAAUGCCAAUAUAUAAAUGCUAGUGGUUAGCACAUUCACCUCACACCUCCAGGGUUGGGGGUUUAAAUACCAGCCCGAGGUAGACUCCAGACUAUCCUGACCAGGAUAAAGUGCUGACUGGAGAUGAAAGUGAAUGAAUAAAUGUGCUGAAUAUCGAAUAGCUGCAGUAUUGCUGUUUAUUGCUAUGCGUAUUGUCAGUAGAGGGCGCUGUCUGUAAGUGAUUGAUAUAGUGAUUUAUAGCUUAGGAGUGGUUAGCACAUUCACCCCACACCUCCAGGGUCGGGGGUUCGAUUCCCACCGUGGGCCUGUGUGCACAGAGUUUGCGUGCUCUCCCCAUACUACAGGGGGUUUCCUCCGGGUACUCCAGUUUCCUCCCCAGUCCAAAAACAUGCAUGGUAGGUUGACUGACAUGUCCAAAGUGUCCACUGUGUAUGAACGGGUGUGUCAUUGUGCCCUGCAAUGGAUUGGCACCACAUCCAGGGUGUCCCGCGCCUUGUGCCCCAUGCAUGCUUGGAUAGGCUCCAGGUUCCCCGCGGUAUAGAAGAUGCUUUCAUCUUGUUUGUGUUCUGUCGAGCAUUUGAUUGGACGCAAAUUGAACGAGUACAGGAUGAAUCAAAAAUUUUUGUCACGGUUUUUCCAAAAAAUUGAUAAAACUGUCAAAUGAAAGCAUGAAAAAUACAUAGCGCAUUUUUUUAUAUCUUAUUUGUAUUUACAGCGUCAGGACCCUUAUAGAAAAAGCUCCAAAACACCAAUUUUGCUCAUGGGCGCUUUUCUUUCUCGAAUGUUCACGGUACAGCGUUAACGGUACUCCAGUCCAGGAGGUGGCAGUAAUACAUUUUGUAUUCGAUGUGAGGAAGAAGAAGCCGAAGAGAAAUGCGGAACAACAUUAGCUUUUGGUUAGCUUAGCAUUGUAAAUCCUCGCGCCUUCUGUAAACAAACUAAUCUUUGAAACGCAACAACAGUUUUGCCUAGUAGCAUUUCUUUCUAACGCGCUAUCGGCUUAACGUCGUAGACCAUUUUGUUGUAAUGACAUUAUUGUUUAGCUUAGUUUAGCUAGCCACGUAUAUAUACACCAAGCACCAGCGCAGUGAGAGCUAGCCAGCUAGCUAGCUAGGUAGCUCAGUGAUGUAGUGCUUUAAUUUGAGCAGUGCGGAUUAAAUUAACGGAUAAAUGUCUGAAAGUGAAGGAGGAGGAAGUGUUUAAUACCGCCGAACAGGAAAAAGAUGGGAACUCCGUUUAAGAUCCCGAAGAAGAAACAACCAUCGGAUUCCUCCAUCAUUUGCAUGACGUCACCUCUCUCGCGGCUUCAGGAUGACGUCACACCAAAAUUGCCCUGGAUUCGAGACACUUUAAACGGGCAAAAGUCGAACGGAAGCGUCUGCGUCAAUGGGAGAAGAGAAAUGAAGCCUGGAGCUACCGGAGCAGACCGAUGGAGACCCAAGAGAGCAUCAGAUAAGCUCUGCCAGCGUGAGGAAGACAAACACACACCUGCAGCUAAGAAGCAAUGGGGACCCGGCACACAGUCGUCACAGCCCGGGGAUGAGGACGAUGAGGAAGAGAACAAGGAGGAGAGGAAGAAGGCUGCGUUGCCAGUCAGAGAAACAAAGAGCGCAAACACGCAAGAGUCUGUGAGCACGGGUGUAGCGGACAAGCAGAACGGACAGAGCACACACUCUUCGUCUCACACCCCCGCCGAGGACGGCGUGCCGUUGAAGCUAGCGAGGACACCAAAGGACACGCUCGUCCGAUCCGGUUCGGUACAACAAGCUGCCGGCGAUGGUCCUUACGCCAGGAGGAAGCUCCGGCUGAGGCUUUCAUACAAAACUUAUGGGAGAGCCAAAGCAAGCUGUGCAGAACCCAUUGUUCUGUCCAGUGGUGAUGAAGACGAGGGAGAGGAUGAAGCACGCGGUGAUGCUCAACUAAAUCCAGAUCUACAGAAAAGCCAAAAUAUUAUUUCAGGAGGUCAGAGUUCAUCUCCUGCCAUGAUGGAACUCGCCUUCUCCACUCUGUACUUUGGCACAACGCGGAGUCACGCUGAUGGACCCAUCAUGAUCACAGAAGAGUGCAUCUCGAUUCGACUGAAAGGGUCAGGAGCGGAGGCUGAUGGCGGUGAUGGCGAGCAUGCGGAGGUAUGCGUGGUUCCCUCGGAGCUGCAAGCGUACGGCGUGUGGGAUGCCGCUGGCAGCGGGUUGAUGGAGCUGCGCGACUCUUCAUCCUCCCUCGUGUUCUUUGCUCUGAGCGAUGCUCAGGCCCGACUGCUGCACACCGAGCUCUCGGCGCUACAUGAACAGACAGCAGCCCCGCCCUGCCCGUUCAUAUUGGUGCACCUGAUUGGCCGAUUGGAUGAACUGCAGGAAGCCACCUUAGCAUCACUGAUGGAGAUGAUGGCUCUGAGGAGCGGACACCCGUCCCUGGGAACAGCUCUGUCCCGGGAGGAGGGGCUGAAACGGGCUCUGUGCCACCCUCACGGUGCCCACUUCCUCACCCUGCUGGGAAACAAAGUAACCAAUCGGGAAAACCACAACGGGACCAGAAGCAGAAAACUACCUGAGGUUACGAAUACCAGACACACACUACGCAGCCAUACAAGACAGCCAAGCAUGCCCAAAAGGUUAAUUCAAUACCCCCCUCCACCCUCGAAAGGCGGCAUCACCGUGACAACCGAAGACCUGGAGUGCCUUAGGGACGGCGAAUUCCUCAAUGACGUCAUCAUUGACUUCUACCUCAAGUACCUGCAGUUAGAGAGAGCAGAUCAGGACGUGGCCGACAGGUCGCACAUCUUCAGCAGCUUUUUCUACAAGCAGCUCACACGCAAAUCCAAUAGCAGCGAGGAGGCCGGCAGCACAGCGCAGUACAGACGCCAUGGGAGAGUGAGAACGUGGACCAGAAAAGUCGACAUUUUCAGCAAAGACUACCUCUUCAUACCUGUCAAUCAGAAAGCCCACUGGUACCUUGUAGUGAUCUGUUUCCCGGGUUUGCUGGAGCCUGAGUGCGUGCCGUGGAAGAAAAGCCAAACAGGAAGUUCGGUUGAUCCAAAGGGCAAAUCAAAGGACGGCACUCUUAAAUCCAGCGAUCAUCCGGACUGCACAGUGCUCACCUGCCAGAGAACCAUGGUCACCAGAAGGCCUUGCAUUCUGAUCAUGGACUCUCUGAAGCUAUCCUACCACUAUCGCAUCUACACGCUGUUACAAGAGUACCUCCAGGUGGAGUGGGAGGUGCGGAGAGGAACUCCUCGAGUGUUUAAUAACAACAGCAUUAAAGGGAGCCUCUGCAAAGUGCCACUGCAGGACAACAGCAGCGACUGUGGCCUUUAUCUGCUGCAGUACGUCGAGAGUUUUCUGCAGAAUCCAGUCGUACACUUUGAUCUCCCGCUCCGGCUCGAGCGCUGGUUUCCACAGCAGCAGGUCCGACGGAAGAGAGCGGAGCUCCGCGAGCUGGUGCUCCAGCUGUACCAGGAGCGAGGGGGCGGAACCGUGCGGAGCAGCAGCUAACGCGAUUGGAACGAAGGGUCGGACUGUUCGGAGCGGGACGAUCCUUUGUACCUCAGCUUCUCCAAACACAACACGUGCGCUAGACAUGAUUUAUACGAUCGCGUUCCCUUAAUUCCAUGACGCACUGAAAUAACCUUAGUAAAGAUGUUCAAGUGUGUGUGUGUGUGUAAACACUAAAUUGUGCAAAGGGAACUAAAAGGAGUAAGAGUGCGGAAACACCGUUUUACCAAGAUGCGAAGUAUAUUUGUAUUUCCUGUUAAUUUAUUACAUUUGUAUAGUUUGUGUUUUAAUAUAUGAAAGCAAAAAUAAAUAUAAUAAAGAAAUGUAACGCUUCUAAA